UGCUAUAGAUACAUUGUUUUAUUAUUACUGUAACAUUGUAACAAAUUAGAAAUCAAAGUCAGCUUUAUGUGACGAUAUCUAUGAUACAGCGGACGGACAUCAUCAUGUGACUGCGGACUGUACAGAACAUCAUCCCCCCCAUCCUGUCACUGUGUCGUCCUAUUGUGUGAAUACAGCCCAGUGGUCACUGGUGUCCAGUCAGACUUGUGCUACUACAGUAACAAUAGGGUAACCACAACAAGCUGCAGCAUACUGACCUCUAAUUACAAGUAUGGACACCAUAUAUAAGGAGCAGCUGAGACGUGUCUGCAGUGUACCUAGAACCUCCACCGCCUCACAACCAUGGUUGCCUACACAAGCCUCCUCCUGGUCGCUGCUCUCUGUACUGGUGCAGUUUACUCCUUGACCUGUUACACGUGCGCAUCUGAGAGCAGCAACAGCAACUGCAUGACGGUGACCAACUGCAGCGCCGCAGAAACCAACUGCAUGACCUCCGUGGUGGCCGGCGGAAUCGGGGGUUUCUCUGUCGCCACCAUUACUAAGACUUGUACCGCAGUCUGUGCAGAAACCGGAAUUAACGCUGUUGUGGUCUCAACAAAAGUGUCUUGCUGCACCACCGACCUGUGCAACACCAGCGGAACCAGCAGCAUCAAGGCCACCUACACCGUCCUCGCCGCAGCCCUGGCCGCCAUCGGGGUUCUCCUCAGAAGCUCCUCCAUGUAAUUUUCAGAUUUUAUUUAAAAAAAACAUCUA